UAAGCAUUAAUAGGAGGUGUGAGGCUGAGAGGCAAGGUGUGGCUGGAUGCCACUUGGGCAGGAUGCCAGCCAGCUCCUGUGACCCUGGCACUGUGGUGUACUGUAGUGACCUCAGCACAGCUGUGGACAGGCUGUACUUUGUAUCAGCUGAGGCUUCUGACUUCCACAGUCACCUGCUGGAAACUAAAGCUGAACCUGCCACAUUCUCCCAUGCCUCCUCCAUGCACACAGAGCACAUGCAGCCAUCUAGCUGAGGACUCCUUAUCUUUAGGGCUGAUCACUGCUCCUGAUAUGCCAUGUUGUACAUCAGUGCAGACCUCAUCCUCACAGCUCUCCGCCUCCUCUGUAUUCAUUGUACUCAGCAGUCUGUGGCUUACUUGGCAUUUCAUGUUCUUGCUGCUCCCAGAUCCAGGACUUCCCUCCUGGCCCCCAGGCACUUGCUGCAGAAGUUUGUCACCCUGACUCGCAUGCUGCUCCCUGGAUCCUCGUCUGAUGGAAGGGCCCGAGCAGAGGGCACAGCUGGCUCUGGAUAUGAGAUGGGGGAGGUACAGAUGUGCCACACUGUCUACCCCUGGCACUCCAACCACAGGGGUGAGCUGAGUGCUGGACAGCUCCUCACUUGGAUCGACAUUACAGCCUGCCUGGCAGCUGAAAGACAUGCUGGUUGUGCCUGUGUGACAGCAUCAGUGGAUGACAUCCAGAUUGAAGAGACAGCCAGUGUUGGACAACAAAUCUGCAUUAGUGCAAAAGUAAAUCGAGCUUUUAACACAAGCAUGGAGGUUGGUAUUAAGGUUGCAGUAGAAGAUCCACUUACAAAUACCCAGAAACACGUUUGUAGAGCAUUUUCAACCUAUGUGGUCAAACCAGCUGGAGAUAAAAAGGUUAAACUAAAACCUGUCAAGCUUCAAACUCCAGAAGAGUACUUGGAAUACAGCCUGGCAGCGGAAAGGAGGCGUAUCCGACUUUACCAUGAAGUGUCCUAUAACAAUCUGAUGGAGGAGAGCUGUGCUCUUUAUGACCCUGAUUGGGAAAAUGACAGCAACAAGAUCUCCACAGAUUGUACCCGUGUAGAGAGCAUUGAACUGGUUCUUCCACCUCAUGCGAACCACCAAGGGAACACAUUUGGAGGACAGAUCAUGGCUUGGAUGGAAACUGUGGCUAAUAUUUCUGCAAGCCGCCUGUGUCAUACACAUGCAGUCCUUAAAUCUGUGGACAUGUUUAAAUUCAGAGGACCUUCUACUGUUGGGGAUCGACUGAUAUUUCGAGCCAUUGUAAAUAACACCUUUCAAAAAAGUGUUGAGGUUGGUGUCAGAGUGGAAGCUUAUAACUGUGAGGAAUGGACGGAGGGCAAAUCGCGCCACAUUAAUAGUGCUUUCCUCAUUUAUCAAGCACUGGAUGCAGGCAACCAGUAUAUAACAUUCCCCAGAGUCAAAGCCUCAACCAAGGACAGUAUCAGGCGGUUUCGUGGAGCCAUUGCACGCAGGAAAAUACGUGUGGCCAGAAAGUAUAUUCUGUCAAGUAAACCAGAAAAGUCAAUCUCUCAUUCUUGGGAAAAAGGCAACCAGGCAUAUCUUAGUUAUAAUAACGUUGCCACACUGACCUUUCUUGCUGCCAUUGAUGGAUGGGAGCUGAGCAGCACAAUGCAGACUGUGAAAGUUUAUACCCAUGAAGAGAAUGAUACACUAUCAAUAAAAGUUGAAAUGCAGGUGAAAGUACAUGCAAGCCAAGCUUAUCUACUGCUGUCUGACCUUGGACUGCGACCACAUUGGGAUGUACACUACUUGAGCUGUAAAGUGGUUGAAACUGCCAGUGAUGAUGAUAAAAUAUUCUAUAUAAGUUCUCCUCCUGUAAAGCAAAGCAAGUCCAGAGAUUUUGUGGUGCUGAUGUCCCGGAGGUCUCCAUGUAAAAAUGGUGAUGCUUACGUCAUUGCAGAAAGAUCGGUGACCUUGGCCUCUUGUCCUCCAUCGCUGGAGUUCCUGAGAAGUGAGGUGCAAUGUGCUGGUUUCCUGAUUUACAAUCGUGGAAAAGAUGAAUGUCAGGUAAAUUACCUGAACCAGUUAACAUCGGACAUGAUGCCAUACAUCGAGGAGAACCUCACUGGGUGGUCUAAUUCUAUAGAGGAGACUGCCUCAUCUUGUAUAAGAUUUUUAGAGACAGCCAAGGUCUUUACCACAAUAUUGUAGACAGGUCCACGAUCAUGAUCAGCCAUGA